AUGGGGAAAGAAAAUAUAGAUGAAAUGCGAAAAGCAAAUAACGAAAGGGAGGAAGCUCUCGUACCCCUAUAUCUCCGCAUCUCGCUGUGGGUGUCACGCGUUCUGUGCGUGGAGGCGGCGCAGUUGCUGCGCUCGCGCAACGGCUGGUGGCUCUCCGUGUCACGGCCGCUGGUCAAACUACAGCGCCUGACCAUAUUUAUAACCAUUCUUCAAAUGCUAGUGGUGCUAACCCUCGAUAUACUUUCGGAAACGAGCCAGCGCGUACGUUUAGGAACUACCUUACUCAGUGCGGGCAUGUUCAUCACCGAAUCUAUCCUAUUGAUGCUGGCGUAUGGUAUCGGAGCGUGGGCUGCCCCGAGACAACUGAAGCAGACCAUCGUUGUGCUGCAACGAUUAAAUGAGCAAGAGCUCAGGGUGUUAGGGAUGGGGUGGGAGAAGGUUACCCAAACUGCCCAAGACCGAAUUUUAGUUUCCGGCAUGUACGCUGUCUAUGGGUUUGGGGCAAUAACAAUAGUACUUCUUCAGCUGAACUGGAGCAUGUUGCUCGUAGAGAUAUAUUCCACACUUAGCCUCGUAAAUGAUGAACUGGAGGCAUUAUUCACAAAUGCUGUAGCCACUCGUUGUUACGGACAUGAGAAUGAAUACGUCCAUCGCCUUAACCUGGACUAUGACACAAUAUGCGACUUAGUGAUGAAAGUGGACAAAAACGACGGGCCCUUUAUGUUCUUUAGCUUUACAUUGCAAUUCCUACAUUUGUUGAUAACUCCGUAUAACGUUAUUGCAGUUACACUGUGUACUCAUUGUAAGGAUGAACAAGAGCGAUAUAUGUCAAUAGGAGUACAGUUAAACUGGUGUCUCCUACACUUGAGCCAUCUUGUGGUCACGGUGGAACCAUGUCAUUGGCUCCAAAAACAGAGGGAACGUACGGGCCGCUUAUUAAACAAGCUAGUAUGCUACGCCGACCGCUGCGGCCUCGACCGCAUGACGCUGGAUCCGUUCCUAUUGCAGACUCGCGUACAGAACUGCACACUAUCGCCCUGUGGUGUAUUCACCAUCUCGAGGCCGCUAUUGGCAUCGGUACUAGGAGGCGUCACUACUUAUUUAUUAAUCAUGGUUCAGUUUCAAUCCAUCACCGAAGUCGUGUAA